AUGACAAUCCAACACGCGUACCUGAUCGCCUUGCUCAAAACGAUUAAGCGCCGUAUGCACAACGCCGAUUUGGGCGCAGGCCGAUCAGUGCGUAAAUUUUAAGUAAUUGAAAAAUUAAUUAGUUAAUUCCAUGUUUUUAUUGGCGAAUUCGUCAAUUAUGCCGUCGACCAAUGGUUUGUAAAAUCACAAUACCUAGGUAGGUACUUAAUACGCAGUACACCUUGUAUUACUACGCAUUAUAUUCGUAUUAUUCAGAGAAUUAAUUAAUUAAUUUUUCAAUAUGUCAGUAUUUCAAUUACCUAUAUGUAUACUCAAUUAUUUCUCUGUGGGACAAUAAAGUUUAAUAAUAUUAACGUUCUGUUUAGUCGAUUGUUUACUAGAGCUGAAAAACAAAACUAUACAAAGAAAUAAGACAUUAUCAUUCGAAUAUACAGACUAAUAUAAAUAAGUAGACAGUUAUUGUUUCGCGGUAUUCAUAUUAUUAUAUCAAUUAUUUAUUUAUUCAAUUAUGUAUUCCGUAAUAAAUUUUAGAUAAGACUUAUGAAAUGUGUAUUGUAGAAUAAUAUACCCAGUGGCGUAUUGUUAAAACGAAUGGUCAGGUCUUAACAACUAAAACUAUAUAUAGAUUUAUCAAUACAUUACAGGUAUGAAAAAACUUUAUUAAUUUGCAAAAAAAAAAUUCAGCUUUUAAAUGUAUGACUUUUAUGGCCCAAUUAUGUUUUAUUAUAUUGUUUAAAGGCACAAAAAAAUUUUUCUGAUCGCAUAACCUGUAGAUGAAAUCCAUACACGCCUAUGCUUUAAAAUAUUAUAGUGAAAAAAUAGCAAAUACCUUUAUUAAUAAAUCAUAUCUAUCAACUUAUUUUGAUAUAAAUAAUUCAAAACGAUACUUGCGCGAAAUUUUACGCCCUGGAAAAUGUCCAAUUAUAUUUUUCGAGUUUUUUGAUAUCAUUAGCGUACAGUAAGUCCAAUAUAUAGCGGCAAGUCAAUACCAAACAUUUAAUAAAGACAAACUUCCAAUUCAAAAAACUUUUCAUUUCAAAGAUUAAUCAGUUUAAUGAAAGAAAAAUAUGGUUCAAAAAGUAUUUAUAUAUAUUUCGAGAGUAUAAUAAUUAAACUUAUUAAAUAGGUAGAUACCGUAUAUCGUAUAGUACCCCCAUUGGUUGUCGGUAAUUCAAUUCUUUAUGACUAUUUGAGUUAAGAAAUUAAAACAGAUAUUAAAAGUAAAUUAAAAAUUACCAAACUCCUUAAAAGUUUUGAUCAUAAACUCAAUAAGAGUAGGUAUGUCGUUUCUUGUAAAGGACAGCUUCAGUGUCUAUUUAAUUGUGCCUAGCCUAUAUAUCUAAUCUAUGUACAACAUUCUAGCACGGUGUGGGCUUAAAUCUAACUCGUCAACUCGCGAUAUUGUAAGUACAUCGAAACUAAUGCUUUUUGUAGUGUACUCAAUUUUUCAGGUUCUAUCGGUUCAUUCUGUAAUUCCAAAUUGUACUUAAGUAUAUUCACGCCUAGUUUGAAUCAAGGCGCUUAUUAUAAGCGCCUUGCUUUGAAUAAUUGAUUAGCGAUUUGUGCUAUAUAUUUAUCAUACCAUACAAGCAAUAAGCAAGUAGAUAUUAUCCUAUUUCUCUAGCGAAAACCGAUUUGAAACUCUGUUGACCGGAACAUUCGUAACCACUAUGGCACAAUUUUGGUUCAUUUAUAAUUUACACAGUUUUACGUAUCUAUUUCCACAGACUCGCCGAUUUUCGUUUUUCUUUUUAGCCAGCGACUAGUCGCAUAUUUAUCUCGAUGCCUUUAUGUCAGUGUUUCCCAAACUUUUUAUCUUUACCGCCCACUUCCAAAAAAAAAAUCCGACAGACACCCCCCCUUAAAAAAAAUAUUGUUACAAAAGUAUGCAAUGAAAAAUGGAAUGUAAUGUAUGUAUAAUGUAUUGGUACAAAUGAAAAAAAAUACCUUAAUGAUGGAUGUGGUUGGUGUUUUGCAAGAAGUUCGUUGAUAUUAGGUUCGAUUUUCGUAAGCAGCAUUCUUAAGUCCCCACGAUUAGUUAUUUGUAACCGUUGUCUUUUUUUAGUGAGUAGAUUGGUUACUGCACUAAAUCCACGUUCAACCAAGUAAUAAUACGCAACAAAUUAACGAAAAUUAUUAUAAAAACGACAACGAAUAAGGUCGGCAUUCGCGAGUGUACUAAAUACAAAAAUAAUUUAGAUAAUUUAGAUCACGUACGUUGUUUCUGUUAUCGCUAUAACGACAGAUUAUCGACGAUUGUCGAUAGACGAAGAACGAUUAAUCUAAAAAUACAAAAUACACAAUUCAGAUUAUUUGGAUCACGCACGGUGUUUCUGUUAUUGCGAUAACGACAGAUGAAACUGUCACCGCCCCCUUUUUGUAAUGAAAUACCCCCCAAUUAAGCUUGUAACUUCCAUUGCUCCCCUGGAUAGCUUUAGCGCCCCCAAGAGGGCGAUAUCGCCCACUUUGGGAAACACUGCUUUAUGUGAUGUGAAUAAUGUGUUAAAUAUUAAAUAACUGGUAAGAUAAGUAAUAAUAGUCAUAUAAAUUUGAAUGAAUUAAAACUUGUAUUUAUUAAAUUGGUAAUAAACUGUAGUACCAAUAAUAUAUUAUAGAUAAGAACAAAAUAUGCAUGUUGACAAUUUGAAUCGUCGGCGCGCAUGGCUACUCACCUGGUGACUCGUCGCUAACAUAUACAUCAUCGACAAUAUAUUAUAUAAUCUAUAACAUAAUCUAUAGGCUGUGGCUCUAUCCAUUGUCAUAAAGUAAUACUCCAUGAUCCAUGAUUGUAUAUAAUAUGAUCUAAGGAGGUAACCUAACCCGCCUUAUCAACACAAUUAUAGCCCUUUAUAACCUCAAAUUUGUAUAAUAUAAUUCUCUCUUGAUAAGGUCAAAUAUCGUGUUUAUUUAUUAUCUAUGGGUAUUCAACAUUUUGUUCGUUAUCAAAUUAUCAAAAUACUGAAUUUAUGUUUUCGAUUCUCGCGCGUCGCGCAUGUAUGUAUGUUUGAUGUUGAUUUCCGUUAUUAGAAAAUCGAAUGCUGACAUCUUAAAGUUGAACAAAACAUUUCGUUAAUUUGGGUACGUAUGCGUCGAAGUUGUUUUUCAAUAUGUCUCUACGGUCUGAUUAAAACAUAUAUAAAUCGAAAUAAUAUAAAUGCUAAUACAAAAUUGAUUGUACAAUGAUUUUUCUAUGUUAGGUCCAGAUCUAAUUACUGGUAUUGUUCUUAUACCUUAGCUUGUUCAAUUCAUUACGUAUUUAUUUAUCAUUAUCUAUAGGAUAUUUUUCUAAUCUCUAGAAAACUAAUUUUAUUUAACCAAUUUUUAAGUCCGGGACUGAUCUCUCAGAUAAUUAUCCUCCUAUUUCUUGUCUGAACGUAUUACCAAAAUUAUUUGAAAAUCUUGAACCAAAAGUGUAA